AUGGUGAUGACUCGUUCGCGCUCAGCUACUCGUUCACCGAAGCGCCUCAAGCUAGAACAACUUGAAGCGACGUCAAUAGGCCCCCAAGAAGACGAGCACGAUGAAGACAUUGCUGAAGAGUCAGAAAGCGCGUGUAGCAUCUGUCUCCAAGAAGUCGUAGACCGAACUGUGAUACCCAAAUGCUCCCAUGAAUUCUGCUUUGAAUGCCUCUUAGUUUGGACGAAACAAUCACGACGAUGUCCGCUGUGCUCGCAGGGUAUAGGGGACUACCUGAUUCAUUCCAUUAGAUCGCGGUAUGACUAUCGCAAACAUUUCCUUCCGCCCUUACGGAAAUCUCCUUCCCCUUCUCGACCUGUGCAGAGCAAUGCAAUUCUACGAAGUACCCGCCAGCAUGCCAGAAGACGUUGGCGGGAGCGUGUCUGGGGAGCACAGGAUGGAGAGCAGGAUGAGUCAGACAAACUUCAGAGGUCUAUUCUGAUGAGGAGGUGGAUAUACCAGCAUGAUUUGUACGCAAAGCAUGUCGCGUCAAAUGCGUUCACCAAGUAUCGUCCAUACCCUACACCCGCUCAGUUCUCCGCAUCGCAAGAACUUGUAUCACGCACAACGACUUUCUUGCGGAGAGAGUUACAAGUGUGGGAAGGCCUCGACGUAGAGUUCCUUACGACCCUCAUCAUAUCGUUGAUGAAGUCAAUAGAUAUUCGCUCUGAGUCUGCCGUCAAGCUUAUAUCGGAAUUUUUGGAUAUGGAUGAAGCUUACGUACCUGGUGGACGGCACACCAAUGCUGAGCAUUUCGCGCAUGAGGUUUAUAGCUAUGUCAGGUCGCCCUACAAGGAUUUAUUCGUAUAUGACUCCGUGGUGCAGUAUGAUACACCAUCUGGCAUCCCUCCUCCUUCAGAUGUUCAGUAUAAUCGUUGGUGGACCGAGCCAUCGUCAUCGCGUGUGCCCCGUGAACCUUCGCCUCCCGCCAGGCAGCGGACGCGUGCCGAAAGAUCCGGAUCUUCGGACAGAUCUUACUCGUGGUCACCAUCUGGAAGGCGGUAUACACCACCUCCCCGCGACGACAGAGGGUCUUCCAAUCGACAAUAUGUUAGCAAAGAUACCUCCCGCGACUACUCGCAUAGAGUUCGACAACCUCAUUCACGCCGCGUGGAGGGUAUGGAUUACACUCCAAACUCGUCCCAUGGACAACCCACCAAUGGCAGGUCUCCAUCUCCUAGAGCCCAUUCAACAGACUUGAAAGGAAAGCAGAAGGCUGAUGGGCCCAUUUCUCUGCCGAAAGGAACCUCUGACCAUGAGGACUCGCGCGAUCGAAAACUAAACUUGGAACGCACACCCCCACCAACUCAAGCGUACGAUGCUUCGACGAACCAUGGUGCAAACCGCGCACCCACGAAAAUUACGAGAGUCCCCCGUAAUUUAUCAUUACCUGAUUCCGUCAAAGCUCACCUAGCUCGGAAUUUGGGGUCAAGACCAGCGACGAAUGCGAGUGCAACGAGGCAGCAAGAUUGCCAACGGUCGUCAACCUCGUCUCAACACGCUGUGGAGCAGGUGGGCAACUUUGAUUCAGACUCUAUUCCGUCCCUACUUCUCCGGAUGUCUGGCCCUUUCCCUCCGGCCUCUUCCUUCUUCGCUACCACUCCCAUAGGCAGCGAACACCCACUAGGAUUGGCGACUCCGGCGGAUGGAGAGGUUGCGGGUUCCCAGGAAGAUACUGCCUCCAACGAAUGUCUCGGUCAGCAAUCCUCGAUAGCCGAAGACACGGUGUUAAGCGCUCUGGAAGUUCGGGCCAGGUUGCUGGCUCGGUUAAAUAGAGAAAAGAGACAGGCCGAAGUAUCUACUCCGAGUGGGUAUUCUGCGGGUUCAAAUAGGCCCGCUGUGCUCCAAGAGCAAGCGAAGGAAAAAGAGGCCACAUUGAGGGUCAAGGCUCAAUUACGCGCCCGCCUUGCAACAGAGAAGCGACUUGCUGACAGCCACAAGUGA